AUACGUGGACAUCGCGGCGUUCGCGAGAACGGGAACAAGUUCAAGAACAUGUAAAUCUUGUGAUAAAUUUAUGCCUGUAGUUCGCUUUCUGUUUUGACGUAUGCGAGUACGAUUUCGUACGUCUUCCUCUUGAUUCAACAGUGAUAUUGAACUACUUGCAAAAUUGUCUUUUGAUGACUACGAGAGCAAUAAAAAAAAAACGAUGUCUGUUUUUCAUAUAGCAAAUAAUGUUACGACAAACGUUAAGUGUUUGUGAGAGCUUAAAUGUUCGAUAGAAAUUAGGGUUACGCUAAGUUAGAAGUUAGUUCCGGAGAUUCCGGAUCUUUUGCUGUUAAAGCAAAGCUUUUUGCGUCUCGACGUAUGUUUUAUAUAUACUUUCGUCACGCAAAAGCAGCAUGUAUUCCACAAAGACUCCGACUCUUCGAAUCGACGAGGCGGAUUUAAAAUGCAAAAACGGAUGCGGAUUCUACGGUAACGCGGAAUGGGAAGGAUAUUGCAGCAAAUGUCAUCGCGAACAUUUACAAAAACGUCGGGCCCAAGCUGAGCGUGUGUCUCACGCGCAAUUGCCGGACACGGAUAGUACUAAUCGAUCAACAAAUGCUAGCGGUCACAAGUAUUACGAGGAGAAGAAGGUGCAGCAAGAGAAAAAGUACAAGUUAUUAAAUAUCUCAUUUAGAAAACCGGUCACAAAAGUUCAGGGUUAUCAGGAAUUGUAUCACGAGUUGUUGAAGGACAAUCCGGAUCUUGAAAAAGUUAAAUCAGAAAAUCGAGAGUUGUUAAUGUACAUAUCUAAAACUCUGGUAGAGAAGGAUGUGAGAAAGUGCAUACAUUCGUUUGUAUUGGACAUUCUUCAGAAUAAAGAUGUGAAAAGGAUAGAGGAACUGUCGGAAAUUACACAGAAUUUUUAUCUCGUGUUUGGAAAACGUCUGGAGAACAGCACCAAAUAUGCAGAUAUACCCGUGGAAAUUAAAGAAAAGUUAUUGGAUUACGUAGAAAGAUACGCAAUGACUUUGUUAUAUAGAAUUCUGUUUUGCCCGCCAUUUACAACAGACGAGGAGAAAGACUUAGCUAUACAAAAGAGGAUACGACAGUUAAAUUGGGUGAGUGGCAAGAAUUUGGAAUGUAGAAUUCACGAGACAAGCUCGGAAGUUAGAGAACUUGUUUACACAUCCAUUACAGAUCUCUUAAAUAUGGAUUCUGCUAAGGCACCCCAAGAAAAAUUGGCAUGUGUUAUUCAUUGCUGCAGAAAUAUAUUUUUACUGCUGCAACAGUCGGUUGACGGUCCCGCAUCUGCCGACGAAUUUCUUCCGGCGCUCAUAUUUAUCGUUUUAAAAGCCAAUCCCGCGCGUCUCAAGAGCAAUAUCAAUUUUAUUACAAGAUUCUGCAAUGCCAGCAGAUUGAUGACUGGAGAAGGAGGAUAUUACUUCACAAAUCUGUGUUGCGCGGUGUCGUUCAUAGAAAACUUGACUGCGGAAUCUUUAAAUAUAGCCGAAAAAGAUUUCAAUGCAUACAUGUCAGGUGAAUGUGUACCGGCUAACACAUGGGAGUCGGCUCUUAUGAUAUGCGAAAGUUUGCACUUUAUGUGCGAGGACAUAACUCUACUGGACGAUUUACAAGCAAAAAAUAUGGACAUCAUAAAACAAGCGGAAGAACUUAAGAACAAGAUGAUGAAUUUUAAAGAGAAGAUCAAAGAAGACGUGAGCAAGGUGAUCGAAAGAACGCCGUUACUGAUAUCUCACAGUCAGAGAGUGCCUACUAAUUUGGAUAGCGAGGAUGUCGAAAGUUAUCAGUUGCCGCCUCAAUUAUUUUCUCGACAGAUAUAUCCGCAUUCUACCAACGAUACAACUGACGGCGCAAUGACGGAUUUGUCAAGCGAUUUAAUGAGAACAUCGUUAGUGGAGGAUUCCGUAACGCCUUCGCCAACUUUCGACUUCCCAUCUUUCAUAGGCGACGAUAGUCUGGAAGUUAGCAAAGGCGAGGACGAAACUAGUCUCAUUAGUUUGGACACUCAGUCCGAUCUCGCAUCUGGAGAAACGCAGAUUUUCAAAAGGCAUAUGACAGAUAGUUUAUUAGACGAGUGUCCGACACCCGAAACAAAUCUGCCACCCGCUCUGAAACCGAUCAGCGUCGAAGAUUAUCACGGCUUCACGAUUCAAGGAUCGAACAUACCGACAAUUCCGUGCAACACAGGCGACUCAUCUAUUAUCCCAGCAAACUUGGAUUCGGACAACUAUUCCAAUUACAAUUAUCAAAAUAUGUAGUGUUGAUGGUAAAAAGUCGAUGUAAUUUAAAUAUUAUUUAUGUUAGAAGUAUUUAAAUAGAAAACUUCACUAGGGCUGUGGUUCGCGUAAGCGGUACACUUCGAGUCUGCAACCGAACAUUCGAUAGAAGAAAUCGAGACAUGCUCUUUUGAUCUUGAAAUGUAAGUUGGAAAAAAACCAGAUUAUACUUCUAAAGCUCUCAAAAUAGCUUUUGUUCUAGUACGUUUUGUACAAAUUGAACAGGUCUCAUAUAUAUAUAUAUGUAUAAU